UCCAAAAUCGAAAGACCGACGGUGGUGCCUAUAGUGUGAUUCGAGCAUUGAGUUAAAAAGGUUGCAUCUCGGAAUAAGCUCCGCUGAGCCACCCGUGCGUUGUAUUCAGAGUGGUGUUGUGUUUCCAAUUCGUUCUUUUCUCGCUCGCUCUCUUGCUUUGUGGUUCUACGGUACAUGGUGUGGGCAUUGCAUGGCUCAAUCUAUCAACACGGAGGGGUUUCUGUGAAUCAUCGUCAUCACAGUAGAAGUAGCAGCUUCAGUGUCGUCGCGGUGGUGCAGAAGUAGUAAGUCGCGUAUAGCACACGAGUUCAAAAUAGUUCACUUCAAUUACCGCGUAGGAGUAGCCUAAUUAGAAGAGUGAGAUAUUCUAGUGCUUUCGAGUGAUUAUUCGUGGUCGGUGCAGGAAUGAAGAGCCGAGACGUGUUUAUGCUGAAAAGUUAUUAAAGAGAGUGUGUAGUGGAAAAGCCAACAUAAAAGUAAGAAAAGUGGAAACAAGACAAAACAAUUGUGUCCAGAUGUUUAUGAUUUUAUGCACAUGAGAAACCAACCAUUUUGUGCAACAAAGUACAUGCAGUGCGCCGUCCGCUCAAGUGUUAUUAGUCGGGCUGGUGUUUUUUUUUAUUUAGUCAGUGCUAAGGUCUAGCGGCCCCAACGAAGAUAAAACAUAAAAAAAUAUAAAAGUGGAGGAAAAUCAAAACGAUCCGAACCAGGCAAACCAGAGCCACACAGAGCACUUUCCAUUCUCAUGCCACUGGACAGCGGUUUGCAGUAAAGAAAAAGUUGAUGUUGACUAAUCUUGUGUUAGAUACCUUAGUAUGUCAGAACGCCGUGGAACGAAGGCUCUAGAACUAUGGUGUCGGCGCGUCACCGAGGGAUAUAAGGAUGUUCGAAUAACAAACAUGAGCACCUCCUGGCGUGACGGCCUUGCAUUCUGCGCAAUCAUUCACAACUUUCGUCCGGAUUUGAUAGAUUUUGCCGGACUGAACAAAGAAAACAUUUACGACAACAAUGAAUUAGCUUUCACCAUCGCCGAGAAACACCUUGCGAUACCUUCGCUGCUUGAUCCGGCUGAUAUGGUAAAAUACGAAGUGCCUGAUAGAUUUUCCAUACUAACCUACCUGUCACAAUACUACCGGGUAUUCAGUAAUCAGGAGCCCACUAACAACAAUAAGAAAACAACAGAAAAACAACCAAAAUCCGAAGAUUUCGAUCCUAAGAUGGCAAACUCCAGCGGUUUCGUCGGUGUUCCCAAACGCGAACCUUGUCGCGCAUGUGGCAAUCCAGUGUUCUUCGCCGAGCGCAUUAGCUUCGAGCAAAAGUUGUUCCAUCGAUCCUGCUUAAAGUGCGCACGAUGUGGAGCCCAGUUGACAUUAGGCAGUUUCUACGAGACGGAAACCGACGGAGAAUACUGCUGUGAAACAUGUCCGGAUGAGGAAAUUCAGUUAGCCGAAAGACGCCGUUCGAUGUCCUCGGAGAGUGGAGUAACUUCAACAGUGAACGGGGGCAGUCGGGAGAAUGUACGGAUCAGUCGAAGUAGCAAAUUGUUGGAACGGAUAUCUUUUUUCGAGUCGGCGCCACUCAGCGACGAAGAAAAGACAUCCAAGCUUGUGCGACGAGCUCAAAUGAGUAGUUUUUUAAAAGGUUCUUUAGGAGAAGAGAACAAACUGGAUAAAACCGAAAGUCGCGAACCCCAUAAAUCCGAGAAUGCUACCGAAAGUGAAGGCGAAUCUGAUUCAGAAGACGAACCUCCUGCUCCUCCCAUAUCGGCACCUCCUGCUCCAUCCAUAUCGAAACCCCCUGCGUUACUUGCCUCUGUUAGCAUCGUACUUAUUGAACCAAUUAACAACAUUACGCGCGAGGUAGUACUUGAUCAUUCAAAUGGAAACGUUGAAACAUGUCUUAAUAAUUCUGAUGAAGUUCAUGUGGAAGCGGAUGUUGCGCAAGAAUCUCCUAAAACAAUAAAUCGGCGUAACUCCGAUGAAGCAAUUGUGAUAACUAAUGUCGUUACAGAAGAUGCUAACGUUAUAAAUGAAAAUGAUCCAUUGGACGAAGUAGGACCCGUAACAAUAGAUGGAGAAUCAAUCAACCAUGAAUCGAAGGAGCACAUGGCAAGCGAUACAGUUUCAUUCGACAGCAUGGGUUUGAAGCAUGCACAAACAGAACAAACAGAUUUAGCCGAGGCGUUGAACGAAGUUGCAGUUAAGGAAAAUAUCAAAUUAUUAGAAGUGCCUGAUGAAGUAGAGCCGAUUGAAAACAAGAGUGAAAAUAAUGUUAAGCAAAUCGAUGAAGUGCCUAAGCUUGAAGCGGAUAUAGGCACGAAUAAAUCAGAGGCGAUGCCAACUGUUAUAAUAGAACAAGUAAAAGAACAUUCCGGUACAGAUGCACAAAGUAUGAAUUUGAAAGAAGAAUAUCCAUCGGAUUUGAAUCCAUUUGGGGAAGAAUCGGACGAGGAACAUUCUCAAUCUAUUAGUAAACCAGUUCCUUCUGAACGUAGAGUUAGCACAAAUCCAUUUGGCAGUGAUGAUGAGGAAGAAUCUCAACCGAUGAGCGCGAAACCACCGAGGCCACCGCCUCCAAAGAUAAAAACAAAUGUGCCAGCGAAUCCGUUCGACGACGAAGAGGAUGACGAACCGGAAAGUGAAAUCGUGCCAGUUAUUGUAAAGCCAUCACCCCGAAGGACACCCGUUCCUACUCCAAGAAAGCAGCACAAUCAUAAUGAUUCUAUUAGUUCUAUGGAAACGUCACUAAUGUCCAGUCAAUUUGGCGGUUCUAAUGUCUCACUCGCUUCAUCCUUGGAUAGUGGUUUAUCUACGACUAAUCGUCGUAAAAAGUCUAAAGCACCAGAUAUACCACUUGCCAUCACAAAAACAUCUACUGAAAAUCUCUCGUCCAGCCAAGCAACGACGCCACGCAAGAAACGACCUGCUCCGGCACCUCCAGUCUUAUCGUCCACACCCAAACAAUCAGACUCGAAAACGUCGUCCCCCAACCCAACUCAGCGCCUAAUCACCUUGGACGCUAGUUUAAUAAGCAAUGAUAAUGACUCGUCGGAAACAUUAAACAGGGUAUUGAGUAACGAUUCAGUAGUAUACAGAAGGACGUUGAUUCCUUUGAAAGUUGACGAUGACAGCCUUACGCUGGAAACUAGCACAACUAGCGAACGACAGUGGGAAAAAAUGAAAGACAAUAAAGAAGCUCAGAACCGAAAUCGACAAUCACAAAUUUCGCCGAUUAGCCCAAACAUCGAUUCCUACAACAGCCUGAUGUCGAACAAGUCUCAGCAAGGCAAGUGGAAACGACGCAAAGGUCCGGCACCGGCACUUCCCGUACCACUACCAGAGCGGAAAGCUAUCAAAAUGCUCCCACUUAAGGAAAUUCGGCAGGAGAUGGACAUUAUCGAAACCCAGCAGCAGGGCCUUGAGAAGCAGGGUGUCGUCUUGGAGCAGAUGAUUCGGGAGCGUUGCGAAGGAGUCGGCCCCGAAAUGGACAUCACCGGGAUACAGACUAAUACUAAGGAGGUCGAGGAUCUGAUCAUGCAACUGUUCGAGUUGGUUAAUGAGAAGAACGAACUGUUCCGAAGGCAGGCGGAGCUGAUGUAUCUCCGCCGACAGCACAGACUGGAACAGGAGCAAGCAGAUCUGGAGUACGAGAUCCGGCUUUUGAUGGCACAACCAGAGCGCAAUAAAACCGAUUCCGACAAAGAGAAAGAGGAAGCUCUUAUCGCACGACUAGUCGAGAUUGUGCAGAUGCGCAACGAGGUAGUGGACUGUUUGGAGAUGGAUCGCCUGCGAGAAGCGGAAGAGGAUAUGAGCAUCAAGCAAAGCAUCGAAGAACGGGUGGCCAACCAGCAGAAGCACGGGAAGAAAGACUCCGAUACGGAAAAAACUGCGAGUGGUGAUUCGUCCAUGAAACUUUCCAAAAAGGAAAAGAAAAAACUCAAGGAAGCGAAAAAAUUGGUCAAAUCGAAGAAAAUCGAUUCAGAAAAGGACGCUGACGAAACCGAAAAUAGCACGAAGGAGAAGAAAAAGAAGAAAAAGUUCUUUGUCGACUUCCUGCAUCACAAGUCAUAGCUCGCCGUUGGUAAAAACUAACUAGACCAUCUAAAUAUAUUUUUAGAGUCGUGUAUUUAUUAGCACAGAGUUAUAAACAAUAUUUCAACAAAAUCACCAAUAAUAAUGUGUGGUACAUACCGAUUAACACAGAACCGUCACCUGCACCGGAAGUAAUCAGAAUUAAAAAUUUUGAUUAUCAAACUUAGAAUGGGCCCUCCAGGAGCCAAGCUUCAACAAUCACCCUCGAACAAUAUACAUUCCAGUUACUGUUGUAUUCAACUCAAAUGUAGAAAUCUCAACUGUCGUGUUUCGAAGGACUGCUCGCCAUUUAAUCCGUUUACUUUUGGAGAUAUUUUUUUUUAGAAUUAGUGUGCUUGCUUUUAACAAAUUGGUCGGUGAUUAACUUACAUUUUACGGAGCUCUUCAUUAUUUAAAUUGUUAUUUUGAACAAGAUGAUUAAGCCAUCCAUGUAAUCCUCGACAAAGUUAGCUAACUAAAUUCUUUAGGAUUUCUUGAGGAUUAAAGGACAGCGUAGUACUUUUGGAUGCGAAAGUUGAGAGUUAGUAAAUGAAAACAAUGUAGUUAACUAGCUGUAUAGUCAUAUUAUAUGUUUUCCAUACAUUUUCGAUGCUAUUGUAUUGUUUAAGUUUUUUUGUGUCUUGUGAUCAUCUCAUUUGUCAUUUCGGAUAGCAUUUAUCUAGAUACAAGUUAUAGGCCCAUGUAAAAAUGACGUGUCCUAGUUUGUUUAAGAUUUGUCAUAUUUUUAUUGUGUACAACAUUGAAGACUUGUUUUCUUUGCGAUAUGUGAAUAUAGCAACAAUAAAAUAAAACACGCCUAUGUGAAGCUUGA